AUGAUGCAACAACGAAGAGAUGAGAUCUUAGCCAAGAAAGCGAAGCUUGCGGAGCUUAAAAGACAACGGGAACUGCGCGCCAGAGAUGCUUCGGGAAGCAGAAUUGGCAGCGGGACCUCUGGUGAUAGCUUAGAUCCUCUCCCAACACCUUCAAAAAUCUCUCGGGAUACUGUAGAUGCAUUAGUUGCAUCGGUUCUGGGCUCCGACAAAAGCAGACCUACCUCGACUGGUCCGAUCGGAUCUCCAGCUGGCAAAGGAAGUCGACCAAACAGUGUAUUGAGUGCCGGACAGCUAAGCAACGAGAACUCGGAAUAUGCGGAUACCUCAGCAGGCCAGGCCCAAAGACCACAGUCGCUUUCGAUAGCAGUUCAAAGUCUCUCUACCGCGCCCCUAUCUACAGUCUACGAAUUCUCCCCGUCGCCAGUCAAGGAGGUCUUCUCAUAUAGCAAAGGCGUGCAGACAACAGAAGAAUGGGCGCAAACAUCGACCCCCAAGGAUUACUCGGAGGAUGACGAGGCCGGAACGCCAGCUACAUCGACGCCUAGUAAGCGGUUGGGUAGGAAGGAGCGGGAUAGAGAGGAAGAGCUACGAGAGAAUAUAAGAAAGGAGCUUGAGGAAGAACUAAAAGCUUCCCAUGACAUAUUAGUCGAUGGACCUCUGAAAUCACCCUCCGCACCAGCGAAAUUGAACUUCCCAGCGAGAACUUUGACGACCGAGGAAAUCAAAGCUGCUACGUCUUCAGACGAGUUUAUGGACUUUGUGGAACGAUCUAGCAAGAUUAUUGAAAGGGCUCUGGAUCAAGAAUACGAUAUUUUGGCAGACUAUGCACUUAGCGGUGCUGCAGGAGUGGACGAUGAUGAUGAUGAAUACGGCAAUACACGAGGGAAGGGUAGGCGGCGGGUGAGGGAGAUUGCACAAUUCUACGAUGAGAGAUGGUCGAAGAAGCGGAUGGUCAGCGAUAUCAAUUUCUCCCCCAAGUUCCCCGAACUCGUACUAGCAUCAUACACGAAGAAUCCGUCAGCACCUCAUGAUCCCGAUGGACUUGUUCAAGUAUGGAAUAUGCAUCUUCACGACAGACCGGAGUUCGUUUUCCAUGCACAAUCUGAUGUAUUGACCGCGAAGUUCUCACCAUUUCAUCCGAACCUAAUUAUUGGAGGCGCCUACAGCGGCCAAGUUCUACUCUGGGACACUAGGGCCAAAUCGGCGCCUGUUCAAAAAACACCUCUUACUGGAUCUGGACAUACCCAUCCGGUUUAUUCGGUUGAUAUUGUUGGCACCCAGAAUGCUAACAACAUCAUAUCAUGCUCAACAGAUGGUGUUGUAUGUGGUUGGACCGUGGAUAUGCUUGCUCAACCGCAAGAAUUACUCGUCUUGACAUCUCCUCCACCUGCCAAAACAGAGGAUGUCAGCCCUACAUGCAUGGCCUUCCCCCAAACCGAUCCAACCUAUUUCCUAAUCGGCUCGGAAGAGGGAACUAUAUUCCCUUGCCAUCGAUACGACAGGGCCGGUGCAAAAGCUGGAGUUGACCAGAGGGUCAGCUACCGUGGCCACGCAGCACCUGUAAUGUCUAUGGAUUUCCAUCCAGCUCGUGGACCAGUCGAUCUUGGAGACCUUGUCUUGAGCAGCUCUCUUGACUGGAGUGUGAAAUUGUGGAAGGUUCGUGCUCCAGCUGCAACCUCUACCACUGGUAUUACUGGAGAAGGACACUCUGUUGCUCCAAUACUUGACUUCACUCGAGAAGAUGUGGUUUAUGAUGCAGCAUGGUCACCGAUCAAGCCUGGUGUAUUCUCACUCGUGGACGGAGCUGGCAACCUGGAAGUUUGGGACAUAACCGUCGAUGUCGAAGUUCCGCUUGCUAAAGUUCAACCCAGCGGACGCAAAGGAGGCAGGAGUAUAAUGUCGAAGAGUCUCAACCGCGUCGCAUGGGAAGAAACAGAAGGGAAGCGUGUUGCAGCAGGUGGCAUCGACGGCUCUGUCACCGUCUUCGAAGUCGGACCCGAUCUAGGUGGUAAGGAUAGUGCCAGAAACGAGGAAUGGACGAGUGUGAAGAAGCUGGUUGCAAGAUUAGAGUCCCAGGCUCCGCUUGUCAACGGUGCCAUUAAUGGCUUAUAG